AGCUCUCGCCCAUAUUCACGUCCGGGAAGCUGAAAGAAAUGUUUCCUCUGAUAGUUGAAUGCGCUGAAAAUCUCGAAACAUACUUGGACAAAGUUGAGGAAGACAGGGAAUCAGUGGAGUGUCGCGAUUUAGCCGCAAAGUUCACGACUGACGUUAUCGGCAGCUGCGCUUUUGGUAUCAACAUGAACGCCCUGAUGGACGAGGGCAGCGAGUUUCGUCAAAUGGGCAAGAAGAUCUUCGCACCUGACCUGAAACGAUUGCUCAGAGAAAGCUGUAGACAAUUUAUCCCGUGGUUGUACAGAUUUGUUGGUCCUUUGCUUGAACAGAAAGAUGUGAAUAACUUUUUCAUAAAUUUAAUUACCAAUUCAAUCAAAUAUAGAAGAGAGAAUAAAGUAGUUAGACCAGAUUUCGUGCACUUGCUGAUGGAAUUGCAGGAUCACCCGGAUAAGGUAAACAAUAUGGAAUUAACAGAUUCGUUGCUAGCUGCACAGGCGUUCGUCUUCUUCGCCGCUGGUUUUGAAACCUCUUCAUCGACGAUUGCUCAUGCUCUUUACGAACUAGCUCAACACCAGGAUAUCCAAAAUAAAUUGCGGCAAGAGAUCAAAGAAGUUACCAAGAAAAAUAUUAAGAAUUUGACGUACAAUGAUAUUAAAGAGAUGAAAUACUUGGACAAGGUGUUUAAAGAAACAUUAAGGAAGUAUCCCCUACUGCCGAUGUUGACAAGGCAAGCAAUUGAAGAUUACACGUUCAGUGGCACAAAAAUUACUGUACCAAAGGGGAUGAAGGUGUGGAUACCUGUAUACGGAAUUCAAAGAGAUCCGAAUAUUUAUCCGAAGCCAGAAGUUUUCGAUCCCGAAAGAUUCACCGAUGAAGCUGUUGCUACUAGACACCCUAUGAGUUAUCUGCCAUUCGGUGAUGGGCCCAGGAACUGCAUUGGUGCCCGUUUUGCACAUUAUCAGACAAAGAUUGGUAUCAUGACUAUUAUUCGCAAUCACAAGGUCAAGGUCUGCGAGAAAACGACGAUCCCAUACGAAAGUGAUGCUCGAAACUUCUUGUUGACACUGAAGGAUGGAGUGAACUUGAAAAUCGAAAAGGCAUAAAAUUAAUCUUAAAUGUUGUGUAAGGUAAUAUAACAAGUAUAUUAUAUAAAAUAUAAAAUAAUAAAGACCUGUCAGAAGGAGUAAUGUCCUUAUUGUUUAAAGCGUGAUACGAAUCAGCCUUAAAUUCUCUUACAUUGAAAGAAUUGAUUAUGUAAUGUCUAGUUACGUACCUUUGUGUAACUUAUUUAACAUUGUAAGAUAUAAGUACUUAUCACUCGUAUCGAGUAAUUUGAGGCCCUGCUUGAGGCCCUAUAAUAGCAUUGGACUAAUUAUUUUCAA